CUGACGCGAGUUGCUGUUGAGUCUGGCGAGUGGCUUUUGAGGCAGUUCUCGUGUGAGCCAUGGCCAGCGUUCAUGAAAGCCUGUAUUUUAACCCCAUGAUGACCAACGGGGUAGUUCACGCCAAUGUGUUCGGUAUAAAGGACUGGGUGACGCCGUACAAGAUCUCAGUGCUAGUGUUGCUGAGCGAGAUGAGUAAGAAUACGAAAAUCAGCUUGGUGGAGAAGAGGCGCUUAAACAAGCAAAUCCUUCCCCUCCUGCAGGGACCAGAUAUGACUCUUUCUAAACUAAUUAAGAUUGUUGAAGAGUGCUGUCCAAAUGUGUCAAGCUCUGUCCAUAUCAGAAUAAAGUUGAUGGCUGAAGGAGAACUAAAGGACAUGGAGCAAUUCUUUGAUGAUCUUGCUGAUUCCUUUACAGGAACUGAACCCGAAGUGCACAAAACAAGUGUUGUUGGACUUUUCCUUCGACACAUGAUCUUGGCAUACAACAAACUUUCCUUCAGUCAAGUAUACAAGCUGUACACUUCGUUGCAGCAAUAUUUUCAGAGUGAGAAAAGCAAGGCCACUUCAAAGACAGAUAGUGAUGAGGCAGAUAUGGAUCUUACUAACAAUGACGAGGAAGAAGGAAAACUGGAGAAAGAAGAUCUGGAUUUCCCUAUUGGGGAGGACGACUUGGCUUGCAGUGGCCCAUUAUCCCAGAAACAAGCAGAAUAUUUCCUCUCUCAACAGGCCUCUUUAAUGAAGAGUGAUGAGAACAAGGCCCUGACCCCAGUCUUACUGCAAAAGGAACUAAAUAAUCUGUUGAAGUUCAACCCUGAUUUCGCAGAAGCUCAUUACUUAAGCUAUUUAAACAGUCUGCGUGUUCAAGAUGUGUUCAGUUCAACACAUAGCCUAUUGCAUUACUUUGACCGCUUGAUUCUCACUGGUGCAGAGAGUAAAAGUAAUGGAGAUGAAGGAUAUGGGCGGAGUUUGCGAUAUGCUGCAUUGAAUCUUGCUGCCCUGCACUGCCGCUUUGGACACUAGUAUGUUUGGGUUAUGUUAUAUGUGUACAAGCCAAAACAGAGCAAGAUACAGUCUAGCUAAUAGAGUAUAUAUCUGGUCAUAAAUAAUAAAAUUAAUAAAAAUCA